AGCAUGGAAAUCCUCUAACCCUGGUGCGCCCCGGGCUGCCUCUGCAGCAGGAGACACUGGGACCCAGGGUCCUUCCUCAGGAGACUGGGUGCGCCUUCCUGGGACUCUCAGAGUCUCAAACUGAAAGCUACCUGAUGUAAGAAGCCGCCACACUGGAUAAACUCGUCACAGCAAUCCCAAGAAGGAACACCAGUGCACACAUCCAUAUGAAGCAGUUUUCACUGAGACGCAAUGGUGGACCAGCUUCAAGGAACAUGGAAAUCUGUUUCUUGUGAAAACUUUGAAAACUACAUGAAGGAAUUGGGAGUAGGAAGAGCCAGCAGGAAACUGGGCUGUCUGGCAAAGCCCACCGUGACCAUCAGCACAGAUGGAGAUCUGAUCACCAUCAAAACCAAAAGCAUCUUUAAAAACAAGGAGAUUUCAUUCAAGCUGGGAGAGGAAUUUGAGGAAAUCACACCAAGUGGCCGAAAAAGCAAGAGUACAGUAAUUUUAGAUAACGACUCCUUGGUUCAAGUUCAAGACUGGGGUGGCAAAGAAGCCAUGAUCCGCAGGAGGCUGGUGGAUGGGAAAAUGGUGGUGGAAAGUGCAGUGAAUAAUGUCACCUGUACCCGAACAUACGAGAGAGUUUAAGAACACUCCAUCUCAAGGUCUUGGUGCUCUCAAAUUGUCAUCCAAACUAAUGACGUUGUUCGAAUAAAACUCCCAAGAAAUAACUUUGAA